AUACUCUCCCCCUUCUCCCUCAAAGUCUCCUCGCUCAAUCAAGCCCGUCAAUGGCGACGAUGUCAACUCCAAAAACCCUAACCCUAAUCCUCCUCCUCAAUCUUCUCCUCCCCUCUCAAUCCGAGACAGUCUACGACCUCCUCCCAAGGUACGGACUCCCCCGCGGCCUCCUUCCCUCCGCCGUCAAAUCCUACUCCCUCUCCUCCAACGGCGAGUUCGUCGUCGAGCUAACCUCGACCUGCUACGUUCAUUUCUUAUCAAAUCUCGUCUACUACGAGAAAAAGAUCACUGGAAAAGUUUCGUACGGUCAGAUCACCGACAUCGAGGGAAUCCAAGCCAAGAAGCUCUUUUUAUGGACCUCCGUCACCAAAAUCGUCGCGCAUCCUGCUGAUGAAACCAUCGAGUUCUAUGUCGGGUUUUUGUCGGAGUCUCUGCAGGCGUCGGAGUUCGAGGAGGUGCCCGCGUGCAAAUCUAAGGUUGGAGGGUGCAGAGGAGUGGAUGGGGUUUUGAAGGAGGAGGCUCUGGCUGUUGCUGAGGUUUGAGCAGAUAUAUUCUCAACGGAGCUAGUGCCACAUUUGUAUCGCUUCUGAAGUACAUCGGCUAUAUAUGUUAAAUUAUCACUCUUUUGUGUCAGACGUCCGAUAUAUGUAUUUGUGUAUGUGGUUGAGUUACUUUCUGAAAUAGAAGUUUGUGCAUGUUCUUCUAGUAAGCAA